GCAGGCGCGCGGCCGCGGCGGCGGUUGGGGUGGGUUCUUCCGGAAGGUUCGGGAGGCUUCUGGAAAAGGCGCCGCGCGCUGGGCGGGCCCGCCUCUAUAUAAGGGAGGCGCGGGGGCGGCGCGGCAGUUGCUUCUGCGUCCCGGUGCUGCGACGUUGCGGAGCCUGUGAGGUCCUUCAGCCGAGAUGCCUGAGGAAACCCAGACCCAAGACCAGCCGAUGGAGGAGGAGGAGGUGGAGACGUUCGCCUUCCAGGCGGAAAUCGCCCAGUUGAUGUCGCUGAUCAUCAACACGUUCUACUCGAAUAAAGAGAUUUUUCUGCGGGAGCUUAUUUCGAACUCAUCCGAUGCUCUGGACAAGAUCAGGUAUGAGAGCUUGACGGAUCCCAGUAAACUAGACUCUGGCAAAGAGCUGCAUAUUAACCUCAUUCCGAACAAGCAAGAUCGAACCCUCACUAUUGUGGAUACCGGGAUUGGAAUGACCAAGGCCGAUUUGAUCAAUAACCUUGGUACCAUCGCCAAGUCCGGGACUAAGGCGUUUAUGGAGGCUUUGCAGGCUGGUGCAGAUAUUUCUAUGAUUGGCCAGUUUGGUGUCGGGUUUUAUUCGGCCUAUUUGGUGGCUGAGAAAGUGACCGUUAUCACCAAACAUAACGACGAUGAGCAGUAUGCCUGGGAGUCUUCUGCAGGAGGGUCCUUCACAGUUAGAACUGACACAGGAGAACCUAUGGGUCGGGGAACAAAGGUUAUUCUGCAUCUGAAAGAAGACCAAACUGAGUACUUGGAGGAGCGGAGAAUAAAGGAGAUUGUGAAGAAGCACUCUCAGUUUAUUGGCUAUCCCAUCACUCUUUUUGUGGAGAAGGAACGAGAUAAAGAAGUCAGUGAUGAUGAGGCGGAAGAAAAGGAAGACAAAGAGGAAGAGAAGGAAAAAGAAGAAAAGGAGUCUGAUGACAAACCCGAGAUAGAAGACGUUGGCUCUGAUGAAGAGGAGGAAGAGAAGAAGGAUGGGGACAAGAAGAAGAAGAAGAAGAUCAAGGAGAAGUAUAUCGAUCAAGAAGAGCUGAACAAGACGAAGCCCAUUUGGACCAGAAACCCGGAUGACAUCACCAACGAAGAGUAUGGCGAGUUCUACAAGAGCUUGACCAAUGACUGGGAAGAUCACUUGGCAGUGAAGCAUUUUUCAGUUGAAGGACAGUUGGAAUUCAGAGCCCUUCUUUUUGUCCCAAGACGUGCUCCCUUUGACCUAUUUGAAAACAGAAAGAAAAAGAACAACAUCAAGCUGUAUGUUCGCAGAGUUUUCAUCAUGGAUAACUGUGAGGAGCUAAUCCCUGAAUAUCUAAAUUUCAUUAGGGGUGUGGUGGAUUCUGAGGAUCUCCCUCUAAACAUUUCCCGUGAGAUGUUGCAACAAAGCAAAAUUUUGAAAGUUAUCAGAAAGAAUUUGGUCAAAAAAUGCUUAGAACUCUUCACUGAACUGGCAGAAGAUAAAGAGAACUACAAGAAGUUCUAUGAGCAGUUCUCUAAAAAUAUUAAGCUUGGAAUCCAUGAAGAUUCUCAAAACCGGAAGAAGCUUUCAGAGCUGUUGAGGUACUACACUUCUGCUUCUGGUGAUGAGAUGGUUUCUCUCAAGGACUAUUGCACAAGAAUGAAGGAAAACCAGAAACACAUCUAUUAUAUUACAGGUGAGACCAAGGACCAGGUGGCUAACUCAGCCUUUGUGGAACGUCUUCGGAAGCAUGGCUUGGAAGUGAUCUACAUGAUAGAGCCUAUUGAUGAGUACUGUGUGCAACAGCUGAAGGAGUUUGAGGGAAAGACCUUAGUGUCAGUCACCAAAGAGGGCCUGGAACUUCCAGAAGACGAAGAAGAGAAAAAGAAACAGGAGGAGAAAAAGACAAAGUUUGAAAAUCUCUGCAAAAUCAUGAAGGACAUCUUGGAGAAGAAAGUUGAAAAGGUGGUUGUGUCAAACCGGUUGGUGACAUCCCCAUGCUGCAUCGUCACAAGUACAUAUGGUUGGACAGCCAACAUGGAAAGAAUCAUGAAGGCUCAGGCCCUGAGAGACAACUCAACGAUGGGUUACAUGGCAGCGAAGAAGCACCUGGAGAUAAACCCCGACCAUUCUAUCAUCGAGACCUUGAGGCAGAAGGCAGAGGCUGACAAGAAUGACAAGUCUGUGAAAGAUCUGGUCAUCCUACUGUACGAGACAGCUCUCCUGUCUUCUGGCUUCAGUCUGGAGGAUCCCCAGACACACGCCAACAGGAUCUACAGGAUGAUCAAGCUUGGUCUUGGUAUUGAUGAGGAUGACCCCACUGCUGACGACAGCAGUGCUGCUGUAACUGAGGAGAUGCCACCCCUUGAAGGAGAUGACGACACGUCCCGCAUGGAAGAAGUCGACUAAGCUCUGCCUGAGGACUACGUGGCUACGUGUUCAACACUCUGUCUCCAUUCCCUCUGAUAAUAUGUUUUCAAGUAUUUUAUUUUUGUUAACAUUUAAAAAUCUGUAUGGCAUGACAACUACUUAAGGGGAGGAUAAGAUUUCUUUCUACUAAGUGUGAUACUGUGAUCCUUUAGGCCCUAAAGCAGAGCUAGUUUUUCUUUUCUAGUUUCAUGUUGGCUUAUUUUAACAGAUGGGAGAAGUGUUGUUGUAAGGUGUAUGUAACCUAUGUUAACUUCGUGUUCUGAAGUGUUUAGCUAUGAAGUGGAUUCUUUAGUAGACCAAAUCUUCUGUCACUGAAGUGUUCUGAAGUAUAUACCUUGAUGUUUAAAAGAAAAAUACUUGUGAAAGCAACUUUCAUCUUCUGGGAUUUACUUUUUAAACCUUCCUUCUCCUGUAGUUACCGGCUGCAUGUUCCAGGCCUCUAGAAAUUAGUAUGUUAAGGCGAACCAACUUGGUGGGAGUCACUGUCCAUACGUAGGACUUGUUUUCCAAAGAAAAGUAUUGUUUAGAGUAGCAAAUUUAUAAGCCUGCCUAGGCAUGUUGUGAAGCUGUUUGAAAAGUAACUCGAAGCAAGUUUUGUGAAUGGAAACGUAGUGUUCAAGUCACAUUCUGCUUUCAAAGUUGUAACAAAUACAGGUUAAUUUAAAAAGUUA